AUUGGUGAAGCUCUAGAGAAGAUUAGGGACAGUGUGAAGUUUGUAAAAGGUUCAGAGUCUAGGGAAAAGAUGUUUGAAGCUUGUGUGGAAACCGUUGGGAUUCAGAAUAAGAACAAUGCUAGUCUUAUUUUGGAUGUGGCAACGAGGUGGAACUCGACAUUCUUAAUGUUGUCUAGAGCUAUUGACUUUAAGGAUGCAUUGCGUAAUCUCUCUGAAGUUGAGCCAAGCUACAAGUGUUUUCCUUCAGAUUUGGAAUGGUCAAGAGGAGCACUCAUCAGUGAGUUCUUGUCUCCAUUUUCUGAGAUGACAAACCUGAUUUCAGGCUCCUCUUACCCUACUGCGAACUUGUAUUUUAUGCAAGUGUGGAAAAUAGAGAGUUGCCUGAGACAUCAUGCGACUUCAGAAGAUGAUACAAUACGUGAGAUGGUGAAGAUCAUGAAGCUAAAAUUCGACAAGUACUGGGAUGACUACAGUGAUAUACUUGCAAUUGCUGCAGUCUUGGAUCCAAGGUUGAAGUUCAAGUGCUUAGAGUAUUGUUAUACCACUCUAAACCCGUCAACAAGCAAGGCUAAGAUGGAUCAUAUCCGUAAGAAGAUGGAGAAGCUAUUUGGAGUGUAUAAGAAGAGUACUAAGACCAGUACUGCAACCACUUCAGAAACCACAAUGGAGAAUAGUCUUCCUGCUGGUUAUGGGGGGUUUUAUGCAUUCAUUACUCAAAAUGCAGGAGAAGGAAAAUCAGCUUUAGACGUUUACUUGGCUGAACCGGCCAUGGAUAUGGUUGCCUUUCCGCAACUAGAUGUCUUGGAAUAUUGGAAAAACAAUAAAGCUCGGUUUAAGGAGUUGUCUCGUAUGGCGUGUGAUGUUCUUUGUAUCCCCAUUACAACUGUAUCUUCAUAGUCUUCUUUUAGUGCUGGAAGCCGGGUCCUUACCAAGUACAGGAGCCGACUACUACCAUCCAAUGUACAAGCUCUCAUCUGUACAAGAAACUGGCUACGCGGCUUUGAACCGAUG